AUGGCCAGCGAAGACCAGUUCAUCAGGACUGCAUGGGAUUGGACGCUGGGGGGUCGGAAGGUGGAAUGCAAAAGCAGCAGGCUGUCAUGGCUGCCAAGCGUCAGCACUUGGUUCGUGAAUUUCCGAUCAGUGAAGUUCCAAGAGGCCGGCGUUCGGACGCAUGCGCCCUUUGAUGACUUGUACCUUGUGGUUGACACGUCCGAUGCAGUUCACAAUGUGAAGCAUGACCUUCGCACUGCAGUUCAGAGGCAAGGCAAAGCAACAGCGGCACAUGGGCACAGAGUCAUGGUCAAAAACAAGAGGAAUAUACCAAUCAAUCGAUCCGCCUGCGAAGCCAUUUUACAGAAGCUGUGCCCCUUUCCUGUCGACUGGACUGACAAGGGACGAUGCCAGAGCAUUCCAGAAUACUGA